GCAUGCGUGCGGGUGGAGUCCGCUUUGAAUUCCGGAGGCGGUAUUCGGUCGUCAGAGGCCUCUGCGGGUGUUUGUCCAGUGUGUCAGAACAUAUGCAGUAAUGUCAUCUCAAAAGAGAGGUAAGAACGUCCAGGCACAAAACAGGACUUCACAAGGUAGUAAUAGUUUUCAGACCACGCUUUCAGCCUGGAAAGUAAAACAGGAUCCAAGCAACUCAAAGAGCAUCUCAAAACAUGGAGAAGACAAUCCAGUGGGAAAUUAUGAACAUGCUGAUGAUCAAGCUGAAGAUGCUCUGCAAAUGGCAGUGGGAUAUUUUGAGAAAGCUCUGAGAAUCUUUAACAAACAAACUGUUGUACUUUUUUAUCGUUGGCUGGUUGCAAUGUUUGACUUCAUUGAUCAUAAGGAGCAAAUUAACUUGCUCUAUGGCUUCUUUUUUGCCUCAUUGCAAGAUGAUGCAUUGUGCCCUUAUGUUUGCCAUUUGUUAUAUUUACUUACGAAAAAAGAGAAUGUCAAACCAUUUCGUGUGAGAAAACUGCUUGAUCUUCAGGCCAAAAUGGGAAUGCAGCCUCAUCUCCAGGCUUUGUUGUUGCUGUAUAAGUUCUUUGCCCCUGCUCUGAUUUCUGUAUCUUUGCCUGUAAGGAAGAAGAUCUAUUUUAAGAAUUCAGAGAAUCUUUGGAAGACAGCUCUGCUUGCCGUGAAGCAAAGAAACCAGGGACCUUCUCCAGAACCUCUGAAAUUGAUGUUAGGUCCAGCUAAUGUUCGUCCUCUAAAAAGAGUAAGUAUCUAAAUUAUACCAGUGCUCAAUUCCAGUAGCUGCACUAAAGAAUGUGGAAAAAAAGAAAUGAGUCUUUCUGAUUGUCUGAAUAGAAGUAGAUCAUUUCCACUAGAACAGCUUCAAAGCUUCCCCCAACUUUUACAGAACAUCCAUUGCUUAGAGCUGCCUUCUCAGAUGGGCUCAGUGCUAAACAACUCUCUGCUGCUUCACUAUAUUAAUUGUGUCAGAGAUGAGCCUGUCUUGCUGAGGUUUUAUUACUGGUUGAGUCAAACAUUACAAGAAGAAUGUAUUUGGUACAAGGUGAAUAAUUAUGAACAUGGAAAAGAAUUUACCAAUUUCCUGGAUACUAUCAUCAGGGCAGAGUGCUUCUUACAAGAGGGGUUUUAUUCUUGUGAAGCCUUCCUGUAUAAGAGCCUUCCUCUCUGGGAUGGCCUCUGUUGUCGGUCACAGUUCCUUCAGCUUGUGAGCUGGAUUCCUUUUAGUAGCUUCUCUGAGGUGAAACCACUUCUUUUUGACCGUCUAGCACAGCUCUUCUUUACAUCAACCAUUUAUUUUAAGUGUAGUGUUCUUCAGAGUCUGAAAGAGCUACUGCAGAAUUGGCUGUUGUGGCUUUCUAUGGACAUUCACAUGAAACCUGUUACAAACAGUCCUCUAGAGACAACUUUGGGUGGAUCCAUGAACUCUGUGUCUAAACUGAUCCACUAUGUAGGGUGCCUGUCCACUACUGCAAUGCGCUUGGAGAGCAACAGUACUUUCUUGCUGCACUUUAUUUUGGAUUUCUAUGAGAAGGUAUGUGACAUAUAUAUAAAUUAUAACCUUCCAUUAGUGGUGUUGUUUCCUCCUGGGAUCUUCUAUUCUGCACUUCUCAGCCUGGAUGCCAGCAUCCUGAAUCAGCUGUGUUUUAUUAUGCAUAGGUAUCAUAAAAAUUUGACUGCCGCAAAGAAAAAUGAGUUGGUCCAAAAGACAAAAUCCGAGUUCAAUUUCAGCAGCAAGACUUAUGAAGAAUUUAAUCACUAUUUGACAUCCAUGGUUGGUUGCCUGUGGACCUCCAAACCCUUUGAGAAAGGAAUAUAUAUUGACACUGAAAUCCUAGAAAAUACUGGAGUGGCUGAAUAUAAAAAGAGUUUAAAUGUAGUCCAUCAUCCUUCUUUCUUGAGUUAUGCUGUUUCCUUUUUGCUACAGGAAAGCCCAGAAGAAAGGACAGUAAACGUGAGCUCUAUUCGGGGAAAGAAAUGGAGCUGGUAUUUGGACUAUUUAUUUUCACAGGGGUUACAAGGCCUGAAACUUUUUAUAAGAAGUAGUGUUCAUCGUUCUUCCGUUACCAGAGCAGAGGGCAUAAACUACAACAAUCAGUAUUAAAUGAAUGUUAACAUAAACUGAGCAUACUGGACUAAACUCCUUCCUUGAUGCUAGAGGCAAAGUGGCUCAUCUUGAGUUCCUAUUUUCAUUUCACUGACUGCCACCCUCAAGGAGUACUCAGACUGGCCUUCUGUUCAUGGCUUAGGAGAGCCUUGGCGUGGCUAACUGAUUUUUCAAGAUGUAAAUUCUUUAGCCUACUAGUGAAAAAUGACCCCUUCAUCAUCAGGCUCUGCAUUCUACCAAAUUGUAUAUAAAAAGACACAUCUGUUUUGUGGUAGGAUUUUUUCCACGUUUUUGUAUACUAUGAGCUGCAUUGAUGGAAGACAGCAGUAAUAUGUGGUGACAGGUAAUUCACAGACAUACACAUGCAAAAUACUUUGCUGCCUCUGGGGACAUUCCCAUUUUUCUUACUGUGAACAAUAGCACGAGCACCAAAUUAACAGGAUGCAAUACGUAUGGCUCUAAAAGCCCUAAGUAGCUGGUAACUUCCUGGGCCUUCAAUCGUAGCAAUUUGAUGAGGGAAUGAAGGCGAGAGGAUUUGUUGGGUAAUCAAGACAUUCCUAUAUAUGUUUCAUUUCAUGAAACUGCUCUAUUUUGUUUGUGUAUAUAUAUAUAUAUAUAUAUAUAUAUAUAUAUAUGUGUGUGUGUGUGUAUGUGUGUGUAUAUAUAUGUGUGUGUCUGUGGCUUCAGUUUUUAAGUGUUGAGGACUAAAUAAACUAACCGAAAUUUUACUUUCA